AUGGCGUGCAGGAGCAUGCUUCGUUCAGCGAUUAUUGUGGAACCAUUUCAAUUCCAAUUCCAAUUCAAACCCUUACUUUUUGAUUUGAAUCCGAAUAAGCGAGGAGGAUUUCGUUGCAGAACCAUUAAGGCUCGUCCGUUUCACGGUGGCGGUGGAGGAGUUAUCCGCUGCUCUCAUAAUGAUAAGCCGUCUUUUCACGACGAUCAAGGUCCUCCUCAAGAAGCUGUGUUGAAGGCCAUUUCAGAGGUAUCUAAGACUGAGGGGAGGAUUGGGCAAACAACGAAUAUGGUUAUUGGAGGCACUGUGACUGAUGAUUCUACUAAUGAAUGGGUUGCUUUGGACCAAAAGGUGAAUUCAUACCCAACUGUUAGGGGGUUCACUGCAAUUGGAACCGGUGGGGAUGACUUUGUGCAAGCUAUGAUUGUUGCUGUCGAAUCUGUAAUCCAACAGCCAAUUCCUCAGGGAUCUGUGAAGCACAAGUUAUCAGCAAGGGGCAAAUACGUCUCUGUAAACAUUGGGCCAGUCCAAGUUGUUUCCAGCGAACAGGUCCAAGCUGUAUAUAAUGCUAUGAGGAGGGAUGACAGGAUGAAAUACUUUUUAUAG